AUGGAUCGAGUAGAGCCAACAAAAGUUGAAAGUUACGAAGAAACUGAGAAGGAUAACAAAACUUAUUCUGGUGAUGAAGGCGAAGUUUCAGCACAAUCCCAUGGGGAAAAGGAAGCAUUGAAUACAACAACCAAGUCUAUUGGUAUCAGGAGAGCAGAAAUCCUACAAUUACAAUACCAAAGUCCCAUUUUAAGAGUCGUGUUCUUCUUCUGUAUAUUCUUGGUUGCAUAUGGGUAUGGAUUGGAUUCAACAGUACGUGGAAAUUUACAAUAUUAUGCUACUUCAUCAUACCUGCAACACUCAUUAUUCACCACUGUCAAUGUCAUGCAAUCUGUCAUUAGUGCAGCAGCUCAGCCGUUUUAUGCAAGGUUAUCAGAUAAAUUUGGCCGUUUGGAAUUGUGCUUAUUUGCAAUUGUAUUUUACUCAAUGGGUACCGUUAUCCAAUCUCAAGCUUAUGAUAUUAACAGAUUUGCUGGUGGCUCUGUCAUUUACCAAAUUGGAUAUACGGGUAUCGUCAUUAUGUUGCAGAUUAUCUUGGCAGAUUUCUCAAACUUGAAUUGGCGUUUGCUUUGUUCCUUUAUCCCUGCAUUGCCAUUUAUUAUCAACACAUGGGUUGGUGGUGAUGUUGUUUCAUCCGCAUUGGCUCAUUAUUCGUGGAACUGGGGUAUUGGUAUGUGGGCCUUUAUCUUCCCACUCAGCUUUGUUCCUUUGCUUUGUUGUUUUGUACACAUGCAUGUCAAGGCUAGAAAGACACCCGAAUGGCAAGCAUUGGCUGAGGAGCAUAAUAACGAACGGUACCCUAAAACCAGUCUCAUUUACUGGAAAACAUUAGUUGUGGGUUUAUUUUGGGAUUUAGAUGUUAUUGGAUUGUUGAAUGUUAUCAUUAUCUUAGGAUUUAUUUUGGUCCCAUUUACGUUAGCUGGUGGAGUAAGUUCAAAAUGGGCAAGGGCUUCAACAAUUGUUCCUUUAGUCAUUGGUGUUGUCUUUAUUCCUAUCUUUGUCAUAUGGGAAGCAAAGUACGCCAGAUCGCCAAUCAUGCCAUUGCCAUUGAUGAAAGAUCGUGGUGUUUGGGCAGCUUUGUUGAUUGCCAUUUUCAUCAACUGGAUUUGGUACAUGCCAAAUGACUUUAUGUACACUGUUUUGAUUGUCGGUAUGAAUGCUAGUGUGAAAGCAGCAACAAGGAUUACAUCCUUGUAUUCAUUUGUUUCUGUGAUUGUAGGACCCAUUUUGGGUUUGGUUGUUGUCCGCGUUAGAAGAUUGAAAGGAUUCAUCAUUUUUGGAUGUGUUUGCUGGGCUGUGAGUCUAGGUAUAUUGUUUCACUUUCGUGGUGCCAAUGACGGGGUGGAAAGUCAAAAGUACCUUGAUGGUGUUAUCGGUGGGUUGUGUUUGAUGGGUUUUGGAGCGGGAUUUUUCACUUACUCCACCCAAGUUAGUAUCAGUACUGUGACAAAUCACGAGUAUAUGAGUGUCAUCAUUUCCGUAUACUUAGCAAGCUACUGGAUUGGAUCAUCAUUGGGUACGUCGAUCAGUGGAGCCAUUUGGACAAAUAGAAUGCAUGGAGUCAUUUUAGAUAAAAUGCAAGAAAUGAAUAUAGCUAAUGCCACCGAAUUAGCACUGUCUGCGUACAAUUCACCUUUUGAAUUCAUCAUUGAAAACACCUGGGGAUCACCUGCAAGAAUAGCAGUGGUUACAGCUUACGCACAAGUUCAAAGAUAUCUUUGUAUUGCUGGAUUGGUACUUUGUUUCCCAUUGAUUUUGAUUUCAUUUUUAUUGAGAGACCACAGAUUAGACUCAGUGCAAUCUUUGGAAAUGGAUCACGACCAUGAAAAAGGGGUUGUCAAAGAUGGCAAGGUUGUGGUGAAUAAUUAUGACGAUGAUAUUUUAAUGAAUAAGUUGAAAAACCUUUUCAAUAUUGGAAAGCGAUAA